AUGGCUGCGGAAGUAUCAUCGGGCGGCGGCGGCGGCAACGCAACUUUCAAGGAUAAGGAGAAGCCCACCGCCGUGCGAUCCUCCAACAUUGUUGCUGCCAGAGCUGUCGCCGAUGCCAUCAGGACGUCCCUCGGCCCCAGAGGCAUGGACAAGAUGAUUCGAAGCGGAAAGGGAGAAACCAUAAUCACAAACGACGGCCACACCAUGCUGAAGAGCAUGUCUGUCCUACAUCCCACGGCAAAGAUGCUUGUCAACCUUGCCGGUGCCCAGGAUGUCGAGGCCGGUGAUGGAACUACGUCCGUUGUCGUUAUCUGUGGCAGUCUCCUUGGAGCCGCCGACCGACUUCUCUCCAAGGGUAUCCACCCCUCCGUGAUCUCAGACUCCUUCCAGCGAGCUGCCGCUGCGGCCGUCGAAGUUCUACACGAAAUGUCUCAGCCCAUCUCUCUCUCGGAUACCGCUUCCCUCCUCCAAGCCGCCAACACCUCGUUAUCUUCCAAGAUCGUCUCCCAGUACUCGAACCUCCUCGGCCCCAUGGCCGUGAACUCUGUCACCAAGACUAUCGAUAUCAAGACUGCAGACAAUGUGGAUCUGCGCAACAUUAGAAUAAUCAAGAAAGUGGGAGGAACUAUCGAAGACAGUGAGCUGAACGAUGGCCUCGUCCUCACCCAACCGGUGCUGAAGAAUGCGAAUGGACCAAUCCGCAUGGAGAAAGCCAAGAUCGGUCUGAUCCAGUUCCAGCUCAGUCCCCCCAAGCCCGACAUGGAGAACACCGUCCAGGUCAACGAUUAUCGACAGAUGGACAAGAUCGUCAAGGAGGAGCGUCUUUAUCUUCUCAACAUGGCCAAGAAGAUCAAGAAGGCUAAGUGCAAUGUAUUAUUGAUCCAAAAGUCGAUUUUGAGAGACGCCGUCAACGAGCUAUCUCUCCAUUUCUUGGCCAAGCUUGGUAUCUUGGCCAUCAAGGAUAUCGAGCGUGAGGAGGUCGAGUUUAUUUGCAAGUCCACUGGCUGCAAGCCCAUUGCCGACAUCGACUCUUUCACCGAGGACAAGCUUGGAUCCGCCGAUCUGGUCGAAGAAGUGCAAUCCAGUGGAUCCCGCAUGGUCAAGGUCCACGGUGCAAAGGCUACCGGAAAGACCGUUUCCGUGGUGGUUCGCGGUGCCAACAGCCUGAUUCUUGAGGAGGCGGAACGCAGUUUGCAUGACGCCCUUUGCGUCAUUCGCUGUCUGGUCAAGAAGAAGGCGCUCAUUGCUGGUGGAGGUGCCCCUGAGAUUGAAAUUGCUGCUCAGCUGGCGAAGCAAGCACGUAGCCUGACGGGCACCGAGGCCAUCUGCUGGAAGGCAUUCGCCGAUGCCAUGGAAGUUAUCCCCACCACCUUGGCCGAGAAUGCCGGUCUGAACAGCAUCAAGGUCGUCACAGAUCUCCGACACAGGCACGAGAUGGGCGAGAAGAACGCCGGAGUGAGCAUCAAAUCUGGAGGAGUCAACAACAACAUCUCCAAGGAGAACGUUCUCCAGCCCCUUUUAGUCAGCACAAGCGCUAUUGAGCUUGCCGCUGAGACCGUCAAGAUGAUUCUGAGAAUAGACGACAUUGCGUUGACUAGGUAG